GCGCGAGCCCAGGCGCGUGCCCGCCCGCCCUCAACUGUCCGGCCCCGGGUGGGAGGGGUGGGUCUGGGAACGUUGCGGCGGCUGUCGCCGCGGCCCCAGCACCCAGGGCUGUUGCCCGGCCGAGCCUGCGCCGGGAGUCCUUCGCUGUCUCCUCGGGCGGCGGCCACCCGCCCCCAGAUGGUGGGUCCAGAGGAUGCCGGAGGCUGCUCGGGGAGAAACGCCAAGUUGUUCCCAGUGCCGGCGCCGGAGCCUGUGGGCCAGGACGGGAAGAUGAUCCGGGCCACGGGCGGCUUUGGCGGAGGCGUCGGCACUGUGGAAGCGCCAGAGCAGGCUGAGGAGGAGGAGACGCCGCCUCGGCAGCUCCUCCAGCGUUACCUCGCGGCGGCCGGGGGACAGCUGGAACCCGGGCUCUGCUACUGUUCGCUCCCCGCCGGCCAGGCCCGCGCCCCGCCGCCCUCGGCAGCCCUGCGCUCGGACGCCUGCCCGCUGGGCUCGGGCUCCAAGCACCGCGACACAGAGGCAGCGGAUGUCCGCGCGCCGCGGCACGGAGGCAUGACCAACGGGGACUCCGGCUUUCUGCCCGGCCGAGACUGUCGCGACCUGGAAGAGGCUCGCGGGCUGGCCCGCGCCGGCGGCCAGGAGUCGCUCCGCUGCUGCCCCAGCGGCCGCCUCCGCCUGGAGGGGCCUGGCGACGAGGACGCGGACGGCCUGGGAAGCCCGUCCGACUGGGCCGCGCCACUCGAGGACCCGCUGCGGAGCUGCUGCUUGGUGGCCGCGGACGCCGAGGAGCCCGAGGGCGCGGGCAGUGACUCGGGGGGCAGUUUGGCCAGCGGCGGCAGCAGCAGCGAAGGCUUAGAGCAGCCGGGAGCCGGCGCGGGGGGUCCGGAGGAGGGCGCGGCCCCCGUCACCUUGGCGGAGAGGACUAGUGGGGGCGCGGAGGCGCGCCUCGGCUUUUCCGACGUUCACUUGAACUCGCGGAACACGUUCGAGGUGAGCCGCCGCCAGAGCCCCGGCGACCCCCUGCCCUCGGCGGGGCAGCCAGUGCCCUCGCCCGCUGCGGAACAGGGUACCGCGGGGACCUCGGCCCGGGCUCGACGGAGCGGCGGCUUCGCAGACUUCUUCGCCAGAAACCUUUUUCCAAAAAGGACAAAGGAACUCAAAUCAGUUGUCCAUAGUGCUCCUGGUUGGAAAUUAUUUGGUAAAGUCCCUCCCAGAGAGAAUCUUCAGAAAACUUCCAAAAUCAUUCAACAGGAAUAUGAAGCACGAACAGGGAGGACUUGUAAACCACCACCUCAGUCUUCAAGACGUAAGAAUUUUGAAUUUGAGCCACUUUCUACCACUGCCCUGAUUCUUGAGGAUCGACCAUCAAAUCUUCCUGCUAAAUCUGUGGAAGAAGCUUUACGUCACCGACAAGAAUAUGAUGAAAUGGUGGCUGAGGCUAAAAAACGAGAAAUUAAAGAAGCAUAUAAAAGAAAAAGAAUAAUGAAAGAACGAUUUAAACAAGAAGAAAAUAUUGCAAGUGCAAUGGUAAUUUGGAUCAAUGAAAUACUGCCCAACUGGGAAGUAAUGCGUAGUACAAGAAGAGUUCGAGAAUUGUGGUGGCAGGGAUUGCCCCCUAGUGUUCGUGGGAAAGUUUGGAGUCUAGCUGUAGGAAAUGAACUAAAUAUCACUCCUGAACUUUAUGAAAUCUUCCUUUCAAGAGCAAAAGAACGGUGGAAAAGCUUCAGUGAAACAAGUUCGGAGAAUGAUACAGAAGGUGUAUCUGUUGCUGAUCGAGAGGCCAGUCUGGAAUUAAUUAAGCUGGACAUAUCCCGUACGUUUCCAUCUCUCUACAUCUUUCAGAAGGGUGGUCCAUAUCAUGAUGUGUUACAUAGUAUCUUAGGGGCAUAUACAUGUUACCGACCUGAUGUUGGUUAUGUUCAAGGGAUGUCCUUCAUUGCAGCAGUACUCAUUCUUAAUUUGGAAGAGGCAGAUGCCUUCAUUGCAUUUGCAAAUCUCCUGAAUAAGCCAUGCCAAUUGGCCUUUUUUCGUGUGGAUCACAGCAUGAUGUUGAAAUAUUUUGCGGCAUUUGAAGUGUUCUUUGAAGAAAAUCUCUCCAAACUGUUUCUACAUUUCAAGUCUUACAGUCUUACACCAGAUAUAUACUUGAUAGACUGGAUCUUCACACUAUAUAGCAAAUCACUACCACUUGAUCUGGCCUGUCGAGUCUGGGAUGUAUUUUGCAGAGAUGGGGAAGAAUUUUUAUUUAGGACUGGAUUAGGAAUCCUCCGAUUAUAUGAAGAUAUUCUCCUACAGAUGGAUUUCAUUCAUAUAGCACAGUUUCUAACUAAAUUGCCAGAAGAUAUCACAUCAGAAAAGCUGUUCAGCUGUAUUGCAGCCAUUCAAAUGCAGAAUAGCACCAAAAAAUGGACUCAGGUCUUUGCAUCUGUAAUGAAGGAUAUUAAAGAAGGAGACAAGAAUAGUAGUCCUGCUCUGAAAAGCUAAUCUUCAAAACUGGCAGACUAAUUGAAAUAUAAAAAAAUGUUUUGGGGAUAAAAGUUUUUUGUUUCCUUUGUAAAAGGCAUGGAAGAAAAUCUUGGAGAAAUCUGAAGGAAUCAAGAGGUGGAAAACUGCCAAUUUAAAUUCCAUGGCUGAAGUAAAUGAAAUAAUAACUUUUUGACAGUAUUAAUGAACAAAUAUUUUGUAAUUAGAGCCAUUUUUCAAAAGAAAAAGUUUAAAUGGCUAAUUGAUACUCCAUAGUUUGGAGUGAACAGGUUUAAUGCAAUAAAUUUUUUAAAUAGCUUUGGAGAUACUUCAAAUUUUUACAUCUUUUCUUUUGUAACAAUUACCACAAGGCACUUUGGAGGUUAGAGUAGUAUUGUUAAAUACUGCUUUGAGCUCCAGAAUACUUUAGUACAGAUAUUAUCUCCAGUUCUGACUUUUUGAAGAUAUUAUAAACCAAGAAUAAGCAACUGUGCUUGUAAAUUAUUUAAGUCACUGAAGAUGUUGUCUUCAUUCACAGGUUGGGGCAAAUUUGGGUUGUCUAGGAACUGGAAAUAUUGGUGAGAGAUUGUUUAGUGUUUGUUUAGGUGUUUUUCCACAGUACUGUGUCUAUUUGUUUUUGAAGAGGAAUUUAUUCUCUUCCUUAAGGAAUUCCUAUCAUUCAAAGAAUUUUAGCCUUUCUGGUUCUAUUCUAACAAAUUGUUCAUCUAGUAAGUUAACAUUAGGAAAACUAAAUAACUGGUAAAAGGAAAGUUCUUUGCACUUUAGUGGACUAAAGACUUGACUUUGGGAGUAAGUCCAAAAAUAUAAAUGAGAUUUUACAAUGGUAAGAGGAAAAGUAAUGGAUCCUGAGAGUUCUUAAAUAGCAUGCUACUUGGUAAGACUUUAAACUUUUUAGUUAAAGUUCCUCCACUGUCUAUAGAAACAAAAUUUGUUUAUUCCAGUUUGAAAUUUGAAAUCUUAAUAUGUAGCUAACUUUGUGACUUGUAAAACACUAUGCAUAAUUUUUUCUAAUCAGUGGAAAUGAGAGCAAAAUAAAAAGGUAAAAUUAACUUUUUUCUGAACCUAACUUUGAUAGCAUUGUGGAUAAAGAAAUUAUUAAUCACUGGUAAAUUGGCAUUAAAUUUAUUAUAAUAUGUUUAAUUUUUGAACCUAAACUAAAUUACUUGAGUAUUAUGAGUGAUACCUGUAUAACAUGCCAUUUUGUUAAUAAUUAGAUUUAUAGUGCAUUUUAAUGUUGCAGUUUGGUUUGAAACAACAUUUAAGCACACUAUUUCUGUUAGUGAUAUAUAGUCUUCAAACUAAUAAGGCUGAGGUCCUUGUUAGUGUAGUGACUGCCUCUUUAGGAGUAUGGGACUAGAGCGUCCCAAUAUAUUUUUUACCCCAUGGGUUAUUCUAGCUUAAGGACUACUAGUGGAACCCUCAAAGGUAACUCCUGUCAUAGGGGUUUACUUCGUGGAAACUGGUGGUAUAAUAAAAUAUUGAGAGAGUGUCCACCAUCUUAAUAGGUUUUAGAAUGACCUUUUAACUCUGGUAACUACUUCCUUGGUGUUGGUGUUCCUGAUAGAGGGAAUGUAACAUCUGGCGGUAAUCUCACUGAGGUUAUACUACCUGCCUAAAUUUAAUCUUUGAUAUAAUUUGUUUCCUGAGUUGAAUCUAAGUUACUGUAUUUCUUUUUCAUAUUUUUUAUUGUACAGUUUCUUUAUCUUCCAAGUAUAAAUGUGUAUAUAAAAUGUAAAUAUAAGAAAUUCACUAAAAACCACUUGUAACAAUUACUAUGUAAAUAAAACUUGUAAGCAGAAUAAUUA